AUGACGCAGGGUCCGGGCGGGCGCGCGUCCCCCGCGCCCCCCGCACCCCCCGAGCCCGAGGCGCCCACCACCUUCUGCGCGCUGCUGCCGCGAAUGCCGCAGUGGAAGUUCGCGGCCCCCGCCGGCUUCCUGGGCCGCGGCCCGGCGGCGGCGCGUACCCCGGGGGCUGCGGGCACCGCCCACGCUCCGUCGGAGCCCGAGGGCCCGGCGGGGGUCCCGGCGCUGGCAGCCGCGGUCCUGGGCGCCUGCGAGCCGCGCUGCGCCGCGCCCUGCCCGCUGCCAGCGCUCGGCCGCUGUCGGGCUGCGGGGGCGCGCGGGGCGCGGGGCGAGCGGGCCGCCGCGGGGCCCGCGGACGCCGAGUGGAUCCGCAAGGGCAGCUUCAUCCACAAGCCGGCGCACGGCUGGCUGCACCCCGACGCCAGGGUGCUGGGGCCCGGCGUCUCCUACAUCGUGCGGUAUAUGGGCUGCAUCGAGGUCCUCCGCUCCAUGCGCUCCCUGGACUUCCACACUCGUACCCAGGUCACCAGGGAGGCCAUCAACCGCCUGCACGAGGCUGUGCCUGGCGUCCGGGGCUCCUGGAAGAAGAAGGCCCCCAACAAGGCUCUGGCCUCCAUCCUGGGCAAGAGCAACCUGCGCUUUGCUGGCAUGAGCAUCUCAGUGCACAUCUCCAUCGACGGCCUCAGCCUCUCGGUGCCCGCCACGCGCCAGACCAUCGCCAGCCACCACAUGCAGUCCAUCUCCUUUGCGUCUGGCGGUGACACGGACAUGACAGAUUACGUGGCCUACGUGGCCAAGGACCCAGUCAACCAGAGAGCCUGCCACAUCCUGGAGUGCUGCGAGGGGCUCGCACAGCGCGUCAUCAGCACCAUGGGCCAGGCCUUCGAGCUGCGUUUCAAGCAGUACCUGCACAGCCCCCCACAGGUGGGCGCGCCCCCGGACAGGCUGACCGGGCAGGACGAGUCGGCCUGGGGGGAUGAGGAGGAGCCCCCGGAGCACAGCUACUACAACAGCAUCCCAGGCAAGGAGCCGCCCCUGGGGGGGCUGGUGGACUCCAGGCUGGCCCUCACCCAGCCCUGCGCCCUCGGGACCCUCGGCCAGGGAAUGUCCUCUCUUGCCCGGAGGGAGGCCCGUGGCCUGCAGUGGGACCUGGGGCCCUGCGGCGCAGCCCCGCCAGGGGAUGGCUACGUGCAGGCGGAUGCCCAGGGGCCGCGGGACUAUGAGGAGCACCUGUAUGUCAACACCCAGGGGCUGGACAGCGCAGAGCCUGAGGACCCAGCCGAGGACAGCCCCAAGAAGGACCUGUUCGACAUGCGGCCCUUUGAGGAUGCGCUCAGGCUCCACGAGUGCGCCCUGGCAGCCCCUCUCCCCCUGGAGGACCAGUGGCCCAGCCCGCCCACUCGCCGGGCCCCCGUGGCCCCCACGGAGGAGCAGCUGCGGCAGGAGCCCUGGUACCACGGGCGCAUGAGCCGCCGGGCAGCCGAGAAGCUGCUUCGAGCCGACGGGGACUUCCUCGUGCGCGACAGCGUCACCAACCCCGGGCAGUACGUCCUCUCGGGCAUGCAGGCCGGGCAGCCCAAACACCUGCUCCUCGUGGACCCCGAGGGCGUGGUGCGGACGAAGGAUGUGUUGUUUGAGAGCAUUAGCCACCUCAUCAGCUACCACCUGCAGAACGGGCAGCCCAUCGUGGCUGCCGAGAGCGAGCUGCACCUGCGCGGGGUGGUCACCCGGGAGCCCUGAGCCAGGUGUGUGUCACCUGCCGCUUGCCCAGACAAGGCCGCCCCGCUCCCGCUGCUGCCCCCGGACCAGGGCAGAGCGACGGAACCACUGCUGCCUCUCCUUCCUCCAUCCCUGGAAUCUGCCGGCCUCCAGCCACCCCCGGCUGGCCCAGGACCCCAGCUCCUGCAGGAGCCUCCUGGCUGACCGCCACUCACCUGGAGUGACAGCGCACACACCAAAGAUGGAGCCUUCCCUCUCCUUGGAAGAGAACUCAUCCCCGGGGCAGCUGCCUGCUGGGGGCGGCCGCAGGGCCUGGAGGGGUCAGGUGCCACUCACUCGCUGGGCAGGACAUGGCUCCUGCCUGGGCUGGGCUCUGCGCUCCCAUCUGAGACCUGGGGGUGCAGCUCUCGCCCGGGGAGCAGCUGGGGUGCUUCUGGUUCUCAAGGGGGUGGGGGGAAUGGAGGCGUCCAGGCCGUACCACGUCCCUGACCUGGAGGACACUUGCAAGGCCCCGCCCACCCUGGAGACAGGAGGCUGUGCCCAGGGCGCCCUCACCCGACCUGGACUGGAUGCUGACCUGUUUGUAAUUAAACCUGGGAAU